AUGGCUUUCCGCAGGAGGACGAAAAGUUACCCGCUCUUCAGCCAGGAGUUCGUCAUCCACAACCAUGCGGACAUCGGCUUCUGCUUGGUGCUCUGCGUCCUCGUCGGGCUUAUGUUCGAGGUCACAGCCAAGACUGCCUUCCUAUUUAUUUUACCUCAGUAUAAUGUUAGCAUGCCUACAGCAGAUAGCGAGACCAUGCACUACCACUACGGGCCGAAGGACCUCGUCACAAUACUGUUCUACAUCUUCAUCACCAUCAUCUUGCACGCCGUGGUCCAGGAGUACAUUCUAGAUAAAAUCAGCAAACGGCUUCAUCUCUCCAAGGUCAAGCACAGCAAGUUCAAUGAAUCUGGACAGCUGGUUGUCUUUCAUCUCAGCUCUGUGAUAUGGUGCUUCUACGUGGUGGUGACGGAAGGGUACCUAACGAACCCCAGAAGCCUCUGGGAGGACUACCCGCACGUGUAUCUCCCCUUCCAGGUGAAGUUUUUCUACCUGUGUCAGCUGGCCUACUGGCUACAUGCACUUCCUGAGCUGUAUUUCCAGAAGGUGCGGAAGGAGGAAAUUCCCCGGCAGCUCCAGUACAUCUGCCUGUACCUGGCCCACAUAGCGGGCGCAUACCUCUUAAACCUGAGCCGCCUGGGCCUGAUCUUACUGCUACUGCAGUACUGCACGGAGUCCCUCUUCCACCUGGCCCGGCUCUUCUACUUUGCUGAUGAGAACAACGAGAAACUGUUCGGUGCCUGGGCUGCUGUGUUUGGGGUCACCCGCCUCUUCAUCCUCACCCUGACCGUGCUGGCCAUCGGCUUCGGACUGGCUCGCACAGAAAACCAGGCGUUUGAGCCUGAGAAAGGCAACUUUAACACCUUGCUUUGCAGGCUGUGUGUGCUGCUGCUGGUGUGUGCUGCCCAAGCCUGGCUCAUGUGGCGCUUCAUCCACUCCCAGCUGCGGCACUGGCGGGAAUCCUGGAAUGAACAGAGUGCCAAGCGGAGAGUCCCGGCCGCCCCUCGACUACCAGCCAGGCCCAUCAAGAGGGAGUCUGGUUACCAUGAAAACGGAGUGCUAAAAGCAGAAAACGGAACCUCCCCACGGACUAAGAAACUCAAGUCUCCUUAAGGCCAAAGUGCUGGGUGCAGGAACCCUCUUGGUGGGGCUCCCGGAGGGGUGCAGGAGCCGGGCCUCGCCAUGGCCGUCCCGCCAGGUCGCCUUCCGGCGGUGCUGCUCCAUCUCAAACAGCACAGGCCUGUCUCUGAGUCAGGCUCCUUUUCUCACUCCUUUGCUUUCUCCUCCGCAUUCGUCCAGAAACCAUCCUCAGUAAAACCAAAAACUCCCCUCCCUGUCCCUUUCCCUCUCGCUGUCCCUCCCCCUCCCAGUCCUCCGGCUCUCACCUCUGCCCUGGGCUGGGUUUGCCAAGGACCCAGGGUCUCAGAGUCAUCUUGCUGCUAGCCUCCUCUUUCUCUGUCUCCACUGCUGCUGCCUUGCGUUCUCUUUUUACUUCGUAACUUGACUUGGUUGUGCAAUUGCUUUUCUUUCCCUGUGACUGAUCUUUACAAUGGGAGGGAGCUGAGAUCAUAGGGCUGUCUGUCCAUCAUCUGGAAGCCAGCUUCAGGCCUCAGGACCUGCCUAUGCCCUGAGACUUCCUGGCGGGAGCCUCCCCCACCUCUGGGAGCAGGCCCUGGGUGGUCCCUGCGGGGCCAUGCUGGAAGAAGUGAGCCUGCCCCUUCUGGAUCUUCAUCUCCUUGGUGCUGAUGGACUGGCUUUGGGUGUGACCUAGAGGGUUCUGCAUGCACUGUUGUGCAGGCCUCUCCUGGCAGUGGAUGCCAAGGCAUUUGGCUUUGGCCCCUGAUGACACAGUCCAGAAGGAUGGGGUUCACUCCGUUGAGCCCCGUGACUCGAGAGGGCUAGUCCUGGCACGGCAGGCAGCCUGCUGUCACUCCAGCAGGGAAGUGCUGGAGGAAGACCCGUCUUCCCUCUCUAGGUCAAGAACCAAGCAUACCAAACAUCGGACCUUUCCGGAUAGGUAGUGGGCAGCAGAUAGGAGAUGAACUAGGCUUUUCUCCAGGAGCCUCAGCUGCAGUUGCUUCUCCCACCAAUUCACCAGCAUUCAAAACCAAACAGCAGUGAACUCACCCUGCCGGGACCUGCUGGUCCUAGACCUCCGCACCAGCCAGCCCUGUUGGGGGCCACACCUGCUACCUGGACUUCAUCUCUUGCUGCAGGAACAUUUAAGCCUCAAGGGCUCCUGCCCUACACCAGACUCUUGGUUACCCCAAAGAGGGUCGCCCGGGCCAGUGGCCCCCUAGCCUCAUUUGUUGAGUGUCCUUUGGAGUUGGUAUAUUAAUAGUUUGCUGAUGUCCACCACAUGUAGAUUGGGGAAGUGGUCUGGCUCACGUUUGGUCUUUUGGUGAGAUGACCUGAACCCACUGCAUCCCGGUUUCCCCUCGUGUGUUCAUUCCCUCUUCUCCCCCCAGAGACAAGGUCCAAGUCCCAAGUUACCUUUCGGGGACGUCCUGAUUGGAGUUAGGCUUUUGGGUCCCAAUUAGGAAUUUCUCGACUGUGCCAAGGUGAAAGGGAGCCGUUCUUGGGGGUCAUUUACUAACCUCAUGGCACCAGUGCAGAAACCAAGCCUAGGAUGUUGACCCUAAGCGGGGGAGAUGGGUCUUUUCAUCAAGGUAACGCCCCUCCUCCAGCUGACUGGUAUUGCAGAUAGACUUAGAGGGGCAGUGACUAAGGGCUGUGUUUCCUCCCACCCGGACUGACCAUCAUGCCAUCAGACCAUUCAAGAGAAGGCUGCACAAAUGGGAAGCUCAUCGCCCUGAGCUGCUCUGAUAACACCGUUGGGAGCCAGGAUAGUGUUGCUCAUACACUUCUGCAGCCUACAAAGCAGAAAGGUUGGUAAAAGGGAGGCUGGGCCUUAGGCAAACAGACUCUCUGGAAGCCCGUAGACAUCUCAGACGUUGGCAGUACCCGCUAGUGGAGAGAUUGAGAAUCUGGCCAGCGGCCUCUUCCACCUAGCUCCCUCCACCAUGCGCUCGCCAGUACCCCAGUUCUCUCCAGGUGGAUUUCUGCAGGAUCUCACCAGCUUCCUGGGGGAGGACGCACCCUCUCCAGUGAGCCCAAGCUAGACUGCUGAGUCUUGCUUUUAGUGGAUGUGGAUGGCAGCCUGCCGUGUGCUUGGUGGAGGCCAGGGCAGCGGGAGGCCUCUCAUCAAGGAUGUCUUUCUUCAUGGUUCCAGUGCUCUGCACCCAAGAUCCUCGGGUGCUGGAGAUGAUGUGACUCCGUGUUCUCUGAUGGUCCCGCAUUGCCUUAUAGUGUGCAACGGCUGGGGUCAGCCUACCUUCCGUUUCCUACAGGACGGAGGUGUGAUGAGCGAGAGGAGUUAGCAUGCCCUUUUUUCCUCUAUAAGGAAGCUGGCCUUGGGUUAGACUGGCAUCACAUCAGCCUGGGUUUCAGGGGAGAUUGUGGGGCUAGCGCAUAAUCGUAAAUCACUUGGACUCCCCAGUGGCCUGCCUGGCACACUCAUUUCAGGGCAGAACCAAGUCAUUACAUAGGCAAGUUGGUUCACACCACGUUGCCAGAGACGGACGGAGCUCAGUUCCCUUCCAUGCAGUGAGUUUGCUGGUCUGGCCGUCCCUGGUGUGGCCAUUUUGACUUCUUUCUUCACACACACUCUCCUGUGUCCGUCACAAGUGCCAAGCCGCCUGUGAAGGCCCUGCUGUACACCUCCACGGUGAGAGCUCACCAAGAGCUGAGUAGACGCGAAUCAACCUCAGCAGCGGUUGCCUUUCUCUCUGAGUGACCCACCAAGUCCCUGGCAGAGGGGGUGGGGGGAAGGGCUGCUCAUAGAAUGGAGCCCCAUGCUCUCCACCCCCGUCCUCCGAGGUUCCAUGGUGGGCAGUUACUUUUACCAUCCAGGGCUCUGCUGAUUGCACUGUUACUACCCGUGUUCCUUUCGAAGGGAGCUACUCAAGUCUAAAUGAUGGUCUCUCACGGGGAGGGUGCCAGGCUGAGUCAGGAGGAGAGGUGUAAGCAACCCUAACUCAGUGCGUGUCUGAGCCCCCAGACCUAAGUGGUCACUGGGACCCCUUUGCUUGUCUGUCCCAAGCAGAACUUACCAACAUCUAAGAAACCAAAGUUGACCCCCGUUGCCCUGGCCUGCUUUCUGCUGCUGCUCUUGGCUGUACCCUCUGGCAUCUGUGCUCCCUGAAGUCUGUCGGUAUUUCCUUUCUGCCUGCCCUUUGACCUCUUUGCUAAAGAGAGAGUAAGGGGUAGGAGCAGAGAUUCCACAGCAUGAACAUGUUCUACCCUGUGGGUUGGCUGGUGGCUUUUUGUUUGGUUGGUUAAAAUGAGAGGUGACUUGCCAGCCACCCAGUGGGAUGGUCUUGGUGUGGAUUUCCUUUGUCUGCUUUGGCCUCCCUGCUCUGAUUUGCCUGUGUCGGAACUAAAAGAAAUAGAGGAGUUUGGCUGUAACUAAUUCCUGUACCCGAGGACCUCAGAGUCACUAGUGAGAAGCGUCCACUCCCGAUCAUCUAAGGACUCUUAAUUCCCAUUCAUCAAGAGUUUGCUGAAGGCGUGUGAAUUAGGGUGACCCUGGGUGGUCUCACUUCCCCCACUCUGCCUUCCUGGCUCACGGCCUUGUCCCUCAGGAGAGGCCUUUGGGGACCACCCGCUCUUUAACCUUUCAGCAGCCCCUCCUGGAGAAUUAGGUCAUUGUCAGCAGAUCUGAAAAAAACGGAAUCCCUCCCUGUUCGUGGUUGGUCCAGCUGCUCACUCUCCACCCUAGUGCUCACUCACAUGUUAGCUGG